AUGACAUAUAUAGAUGAAAAUACAAAAUAUGUAUAUUCAACUGACAAACGAAUUCUGCAUUCUGUUCCAAGUAAUGUUGUUCACGCGGUUGUUCCAAAGUUUGUGGAAAUCAUUAAAGGAGAAAGUAGUAAUCUAUAUGCAUUCAAAGAAUGUAAUUCUAUUAUUGAGACCGUAUCAUUUGAAGAAAACACUCUUCUUUCAGAAAUUCAAAAUUAUUCCUUUUUUAAAUGCUAUCAUCUUAACAAUGUUGAUCUCUCUUCAUGCACGCAUCUGACUGCUAUUGGUAGUUUUGCAUUUCAGCACUGUGUUUCAUUAACAAGCAUUAUAUUUCCUCAAACUUUAGUCAAAAUUGGUGAAUAUUGUUUUUCCAAUAUUGGUGCUACUUCAAUAUCCCUUCCUUCAACACUUGAAGAAUUACCAUAUGGAUUAUUCGAAUCUUCAUCUAAAUUAAAAACAAUUGAUAUCCCAUUAACAAAUAAUAUAAAAUCUUUGAAUGGCAGAAUCAUUGCAUCAACAAAUGUUAGUUUAUUCACAAUAACAGAUAAAGUUAUAUCAAUUGACAUAAGAACUUUUGAAUUUGCUUAUGAAUUAGAAACGAUAGUUGUAGCCAAAGGAAACACAUUAUUUUCGGUCCAAAAUAAUGCUCUCAUUCAAGGAACAACAUUAAUUAAAUACCCAAAUAAACGGCCAGGUGAUGUUGUAAUUCCAACUGGAAUAACUAUAAUAGGAACUCUAGCUUUUAAAGAAUCAAUGAUCACCGGUGUUACAAUUCCUAACACAGUAAAAGGAAUUGGAGAUUGGGCUUUUGUUGGAAGUUUUUUGAAGCCAAUUUAUAUUCCAGAUUCAGUCAAAACUUUAAACUCUGCAUGUUUUUAUUCAAUAUCUACUCUUGAAUCUGUUAGAUUUCCUUCAGGAAUUAAACAGUUGGCUAAUAGUUUAUUCAAACAAUGCCCAAAAUUAGUAUCAAUUGAAAUUCCAGAUUCUGUCACGGUAAUUGGCGAUAGUUGUUUUGAAGGAACAGGAUUAACAGAAGUUGUUUUGCCAGAUAAUUUAACAUCAAUUGGUGGAAAUGCAUUUCCUCCAAAUGCUAAACUUAUUUUUGGUAAUCAAUCAAAGUUUUAUGUUGAUGAUCAGUAUUUGGUCUUAGAUAAAGGAAACACAUCUAUUUCAAUAUAUCUUGGUUCUACAUUGACUGAAAUUAAGAUUCUUCCAACAGUCAAAGUUAUCAAAGCGAAAACAUUUUAUAAUAGAGCAGAACUUCAAAAGUUGAAACUUGAUUCAUAUUCAGAAUUAACAACAAUUGAAGAAUAUGCAUUUUAUGGAUGCACAAAUCUUCAAUUUGUUACUCUUCCACAGAAAAUAACAUCAAUCGGACAAUUUGCAUUUUCAAAAUGCAACAAACUCACAGAAAUUACAUUACCAAACUUAGUAUCGAUGUCAAUUAGUUCAUUUGAAAGUUGUUCUAAACUGAACAAUAUCAUAUUUGAAACAAGCUCAGUGACAACAUUGAGAUCUCGAUCAUUUUAUUCAUGUCAAUCACUAUCAUCAAUCAAACUCCCAUCAACAUUAGUUUCUAUUGAAUCAGAAUGUUUUGCAUAUUGUAAUCAACUUUCUAUAGUUUCAUUCCCACAAACUUUACAAACAAUAUCAAAUAAUGCAUUCAUUAAUUGCAACAUUGUGAAUGCCGAUCUUUCUAAGUGCACUAAAAUAAACAUAUUGAAUGAUUAUGUUUUCCACUCAAACAUUGAUUUGUCAGACUUCAAGUUCCCACCAAACAUCAACACUAUUGGUGUUCAUUCACUUUCUAAGACAUCUAUUUCAAGAAUCAAUCUGCCAUCACGAGUUCAAACUAUCAAUAACUAUGCAUUCGAAGAAUGCAGCAACUUAGACACGAUCAUCAUUCCAGAAGACUCAAAUCUUGAAUUCCUUGGUAUUGGUGUUUUCCGUUAUUGCUUUUCGAUUUCGACAAUCAAUUGCACAUGUCCUCGAUAUUCUAUCUUCGGUGGUGCACUUUUCAACUCUGAUAAGACGAGUCUUAUUCUAUUCCCACCUGCAUCGAGAUACUCUUUCUUUUCUCUCCCUGACACAACUACGACAAUCAGUCAAUCUGCAUUCCAAAGUUGUCGAAAUCUUGUUUCUGUCUUCAUUCCAAGUUUCAGUGUUCGUACUAUCUCAUCUAAUGCAUUCGAAGGCUGCACAUCUCUCAAGUCUAUCAACAUCCCACUUUGUGUCGAACGUGUUGAACAAGAUGCAUUCCUUGGUUGUUCAUCACUCGAAUGUGGUCUUCAUAUCGAGAAUCGAAACAAAGAUUUCAUUCAUAAACUCGUUAAUGUCUCUGGUCUUCCUUCUAUUUCUAUCAAACAAUGUAUUUCACUCUACUCCUGCAAAGUCAAACUUGACAAAUUCUCAAUCAGCACAAUUUCUCCAUUCAUUAUUAUUUAUAUUUCAUAA